GCGGAAGUUAAUAAAAUUAAACCCGACGCAAAAUUCUCGAGUAAAUCUAACCUCGAAAAAAAAUCUCUCAAUCUCCGCCUGGGGUUUCCGCUGUGUUCUUUCGUGUGUCGUGUAUUUUUUUCUUCCCCCGGAUCCCCCGGAUUCGCAUCACUUAGCCGGGUCCAGUGGAAUCGAGUCAUUGAACUGAAACCGCUUGAUUGCAGUUCCGGAAAGGAGUGAGCAUGUUCGUUACCGGGUGAAAUAUGAAAUAACGCGAGAACGGAGGGAAUAUCAUCAUAGGUCAUAGAGGAGGAGGCGAUCAGUGAUUCGUGGCCCUAGACGCCUCGCGCUCUCUUCAGCUUUCUCGCUCAUCCGUUUGUGUAUACGCGUAUAUGUGCGCACUGUGAACAACAAUCCUCGUUUGUUUUGUACCGUUUUUACAACACCACGGUAACUACUCUCGGCAGUGUUGAUGUUAUCGAGGAUCAAAACCAGAGCACAAAGAUGUCAAAAGGAAGACUGAUUACACGCUCUGUCACGAGUACCCGGCCCGUCGACAUGACUCUCAAUCUUGACUGUAUUGAGGAUUCCCUCAGCGAAGCGCAACAAAUGACAAGAAUGAAAAUCAAGGAAAACUAUGACAAAGUUGUCGCCAAACUAGACGAAAUGGUGAAGGAACACGGCGCUCAGAAAGUUUGCCAAGCAGGACUAGUGAGCGGUUAUCAUUACACACUUCCUGGCACAAAGAAAACACUCAUGCCAAUGAGCCAUCAACAGGGGAUUCCCCUGAACGUCGUUAGCAACAAUCAACAGAAAAAUCAGGCGAUUAAAGUGAAUGUUAUGAACAAUGCACAAAACAGCUCAGGUCAGGGGAAUAUUCAACUUCUUAUGAACCCAAGAAUUUUAUUGGGAACAGUUGCUCCAUCCGGAACUCAAGGUGUGACAACAACAACGACCGCGUCCUCAAUUCCAACGGCACAAGUUUCUUCUGUGAUGAAUCAGCCCGACAAUGCAUCGAGGAAUCGAUCAGUGAAAAACGCUGGUGGUACCUCGACGCACGUGGUUGCGACUAACAAAGUCAGUUCGGCUCCGCAAAGUGGUGGGACUUUGAGAGUUAAAAAUGUAAAUAAGCCUCCGGUUCAGGUUCACAAUACAACCAUUUGGCCAUCGGAACAAACGAGCACCGGUGGCAUUGCUGUUGGUAGUAAAAACGCAGCCGCAGAUCAAAUAGAGGAAUCGAAGAAAAAUUUGCCAGACGGUCGGGAAGUAACGUUCAACAAAUUGAACGGUGGACGCACCUUUCCCUCGUUGGUGGUAGUUGCUCGCACUCAUUUACGUACUAAGGACAUAUCGAGCCAAGUCUCACAAAAGGAACGUUCUGAUUUAGAUUUACGUGUGAAAAGUGUGUUGAUGUACUCGGCAACAAAGUUCGCAGAGUGGUUGAUCCAGCGCGGUUUAGUGCGAUCAGAGCAAUAUUGUCCGAUGCACAGUACAGGAUCGCAGAAAAUGAAAUUAAAGCUGGGAAUGUACAGCGAUUCCUCGGGGACAUUUCCAUACUCGGGAGGUUACGUUUGGAUCUCGAGUUGUUGUCCAGAUCGUUUCGUUUCGGUUUUCAACGGUUCUCUUUUCCAAGGAUCUCCUCACGUACCGAGUGUUAUAUUGAAACUCAUCUAUCACUGGGCUUGUCAAACUAACGUCCAAAAUGUUAUUUCGUGGGUCAAAGUCUCCAAUGUUUAUGUGAAAAAUUUUUAUAGCAAUUUAAGAAGCGUUUGCACCGCUGCUGUUCACGAUAAAGCCACUAUGAUGGGCGGCAAAAAUUCGAUGAUUCAAGUCGGCGUUAUCAGCCUUGGCACCACCUCUCAAGAUGGCAAUUUACGACAGGUGAAAGUCGAAGUUUUAGGUGUUUUGAAUCCCGAAACAUCAGAAAUAAGGUUACGAGCGUGCGAGCCACUGUACGAUGGUGAUCGCUCGUUCAAGCGUCGCUUCAACAACAUUCUUUAUCCGUUAAAAGAGUGGGUUCACAAGGACUCUAAAAUAAUAACGGAUUACACGGUAGACAGAAGCACGCUGCAAGAAAUGGGCUUCACUCAAGUCGUCCAAUCGGCGUUCAGCGAUCAAAAUCCCCGUAACAUGAAGAGCAACUAUCACAUGAUGGAAUACCUGCGAAAAAUCGUUCCCCGCAUGUUCCAAAACACGCUCAGUUUGUUAAGCAGACAAAUGAUACAACAAUUUUUGGACGAACUCGUGUGGCGAGAAAUGUUCGGUGCCACCGCCACACGUGCUUUUGAUAAUAUUAUUCUUCACAUUGCUGAACAAACUAGAAUCGAUUCUCCUGACUGUUUGCUCGAUCGUUUGGCAAAAAUAUCGGCGAAUCCGUUCAAGGAUUGGUCGUAUUCCCCCCGAACGAGUACAGGAGCAAUAAUAACAACGUCAGUCGGUACACCGAUCCCCCAGGUUUUGAGCCAGCAAGGGCCCCGUGGAAUUCAAACGACGAUCGAGAACUCCAGACGGUCGGUCACGAGCCCCAUCGGAUCGCAAUUUAAACCUGGACCGAGACGCGGAAAAAAGAGACCCACGAAUUCAGCGCCCAGCCCCGAGCCGGAUAUCAAACGUUCCAACAAUAUUCCCGAAACCCUCAAAUUCGAGGGACAAAUUCACCUCGAGAAAUUUUAUUACGCGACUAUGGAAAGCGACAAAAGCUUGCUGAGCAAAGAAACCAAAACUUGCUGCGCCUUCAAGUGUUUCCUCUGCCCUGCGAUGAUGAGAUGCAACACCGAAGUAAUGGCCCACAUGAUAAGUCAUGUGCCAGCUCGGGUUCCCGACCAGCAGGAAUCUCCAGUUUGCCAAUACUGCUGCGCCGCCUUCUCCUCUAAACAUCAAAUGGUUACUCACGUUUCCGAAACGCACACGAAAUUCGGACAGAGCGACGGUGAUGCUAUGGUCGUUUGUGCAAUUUGCGAGCAAAAAUUCUUCGGAAACGACGGAGCUUUGUUGGUCAAUCAUUUGGGCACAAUGCACUGUCCUUCCGAAAUGCCUUAUCGUUGCGAAAGCUGCAACUACCGAACCUCCAGCCACAAGGAUGUGAUCGAUCACUUUUACAAAGUGCACGAAAAAGGCGAAGGUCUCCAGUGUCCAUACUGUCUGAAGGUCAUCCAAUUCAUAGUCGAUGGACGAGCAAACUCUUCGAACGUCCACGCGUAUCUGUUGCACAUGCAACGACACAUUGUCAGGAGGGAACAAGGCCGAGGAAACAAAUGCUCGAGAUGCUGUUUAUGGUUCAAUCAAAGAAGCUCUCUGAAGAAUCAUCUCGAAGAGCUCCAUCAAACUGUGACCGGACCAAGAGUAACGCCCUGCUCGAAAGUCAGCACAGGCAUCAUGAUAUCGAGACACAGACUCGUCAACACUAAACGCAACGAUAUCGAAAGCCCGCCGCCGGAAUUCCUCGAGGACGAGAAGUUCACCAAAUGGAACGACGGGCCCAUUUCUAUUACCGUUGCCAACGAAAAUCUCAGCUGUCAGGAAUGCGAAGAGGAUAUCAACGAACCCGAUCAUUAUCCGGGAGAGCAACGUUGUCAGCAGUGUCGUUACGUGACAUGUUGUUGGCGAGCAUUCAAGGAGCAUCAGCGUCAAAUUCACAACGAGCGUCCGAUGACGAGCCUGGUCGUUCCAUCGCCGUUGAUAAAUAUUCCGCUUGAGAAGAGAAUGAGUUGUUCCUGCGGCAAGUUUUCGACGGACGAUGGCAAUUCGUUGGCGAACCAUUUGAUCAAGUGCGAACGAGGAUCAGCCUAUCCGAGCGAGGAGCAGCAAUCGGGGAUGCUGGACAGUCUCGGGCUCGUGCCGAAGAGUACAUAACAGAAAGUACGUUAAAAUCCCGGGUUAAAGCGAGUUAAAACAAGGGUACGAAAGACUUUGAUAGGAAAAAAGGUGCAAAAAUUCAAUUCGGAUUCUUUCCUCGAUUCUGGAAAGGCUAAAAGCAACAAAGUGCUUGCGUGCAGCGGUAAAUUUGUCUCGACCGUACGGCAUAAAAAAAUCAUGGUUUAGAGAUGUUUGAACUCUCGAAAUCUUUCCUUCCGGGCCAGAGAGCAAGCGAGCGAGCGUCGGAAUUCCCGUGUGGAAAUGAUUCAAAAAAAUUUUUAUUUAGCAAUUACUUUCUUUAUAUAUUUACGAAAUAAUAAAUGUAGCAUACAAGAUUA